CUUCAACGCGUGCGGAAGUUUGUAACGGUGUAGUUUCGUGCUCUCUCCCUCUUUAUCAUUUUCGUCGCUGGUGUUGAACGGUUUGCUUGGGCGAAAUCAAUUAAUUUGAAUCGAAGCAAAAUUUUCAUACUAUUGGGAAUGAUCUCGGUUUACUUUGAUACACAAUUUGGAUUAAGUGUUAUAUGUGUAGCAGGCGUUUACUUGUGAACAGCUUUAGUAUUUGAUCAAGUGGCGAACUGUUCUGGAAAUGGCUAGAUAUUUGAUGCAUAGUUGAAAAAAAAUUGGAGGAGAUCCGAAAUAGAAAAAAGUGCCUUUAUGUGAAGGUGAAAUCAAUCAGUCCAAAAAAUAUGUUGAUAAGUCAACAACCGUCGUGGUGCCUCAUAUUCAAAGUGAAAAAGUGAUUAUUUAACGGUUGGCUUGCUCUGUUUGCUGUCUGGAUGAAUACUGCAAAAUAUCCAUAUAAUAUAAGUGAAUAAUGCACAUGAUAUGGCGUACAUCCGUUGAUUAUCUAGUUUCCAGUUUGGUUUAGGAAAUAACAUCAGUCUAAUAGAAGUUUGCCGAAUGAAGUUUCAAACAUCAUGACAACCCCGUAAUGGAAAAGGAAAACGUUGUCAACGACUCACAGAAUUGUACAGUAGGAUUUCCCAUAGAGAAAUCUGCUUCAAUGACCAUUCUAUCACCCCAGGGAAAAACACACCAACAUCAUCUGCAAGCAUACCAGCCACCGAGGGUGGCGCAGCUGGAAACGCUGGAAGCAAAGAUGGCCAGCAUAGAAGUUUCACUGAGUACAGCCACACCACGACGGCGUAAGGGGACCUCGCUGGGUGGUGGUUCCCUAUCGGCUAGAUCGUCACCACGGCCGGAUGCAUCGACAGGUAGGGAACUGCGAUCAGCACUUCAGGACCGAGAAGCGGUUAUACAAAAUCUACGCUUGCAGUUGGGACUGGGCAAACUACCGCGGCCUGCUGGACCUGCUUUUGACGACGUAGAACGUCCGGUAGCUGAGCAAAGAUUAAUGAAACUGCGUUCUGAUGCAGAUAAUAAAAAAGUAGCAAUUCGAAAUCUGAAGGGAGCGCUAGAGAAGCUGGACAUUACAGAUAACAUCGACAUACGAAUACGACAAGCGGAACUGGAAUACGCGCUAGGCCGGGAAGAGUUACAGCUGCUUUCGUUAGUGGAGGAGGCACGUGCCCUUCACGCACGUUUAGAAAAAUCUAAACCAGAGUCCAACACAUUAUAUGGCACGCUACAGUCUGGAACAAAUCUUACCCUGCAUGCAGUCCAAGCAACUCCAGGUCGGUGGAAUGCUAGUAUGAAAACGGACUUUCCAGGUUUCUGGGUAGAUUGGGUGCUGGAAGGUGAAGGACUACAUAGGGGUGAUCGGAUACUAGAAGUAAAUGGAAAAAUAAUUUCUGGGAAAACUAGGGAGGAGUUACAAAAGAUUAUGAACACUGCUGAAAAGUGUGAAUUAGUUGUCCUGAGAAAGAAGUCUAUUCCUUUUUCACAACAGCAACUGCAACAGUCACAAGCAGAUAAUGUUCGUUUGCAGCACAGGAUAUCCUACCUGGAAGAGCAGGUUAAAGAGUUGCUAUCAUCGCGCGAUAAUAACACGGACAGCGGGAGCUCUCAAGCCAGCAUAAUAAACGGCAGCGGUGGAGCACAUGUCACGUCUAUUAGUAUCACCUCACCACCAUCAACACCUCCCGACAGUAAACCGCAAGUUUAUCAACGUGGUUCUUUUAUCACCACGAUAGUUGACGGUAAAGCUGCGCAGAAUCCAUCAAACCAAGAUACUCCAAAGACAAACCAUGGUCACGUAACUACGACCACAAUCAUCAAAGAAUGUGACAAGAUUAACGGUGAACUUACAAGUGGAAAUGUGCUGCGGCAUAAUCUAAGAAAUGCGAUAUCGUCUUCGAAAAUAUCAAUUAACGGUGAUAUGAACAACAGCACAGUUUUGUACUAUCAAAAGAAGGAACGCGAUAAACGAGAACGAGAGGCUCGUAGAUUAGAAAGGGAGAGAUAUUUGCAGCAGUAUGGUUCCAAACUACAAAGAAGUAGCAAUGAGUUAGAUAGUGAUCCCGAGAGACGACAUUCGCAUUAUCAUCGAAGCCAUGCUCGUAGUGCCGAAUAUUUAAACGUAACGUCGGAAAAACGGAAGCUUGCGAUUGCGAGUGAGUCGUCUAGUUCCCGGCGUGACAUGAGGAGUGUCAAAAGCCUCGAACUGGAAAGUGACAACAAUGAACAGUACGCUUCAGAACCGACAGGGCCAGUUAAAACUAGACCAGCACCACCAAAGAAACCACUUCGAUUAUCGUUACAACGAGCUCAAAGUCUCCAAACUGUCGAAGGGAUUUUGAUCGAUGCGGUAGCGGAUAAGAAACGUGGUAUGAAACGAUCCCAUCGGAGCGGUAAAUGGACCGACAUGUCGUCGCAGUACAUCGAAAACAAAAUUCCGCUACAGACGGCAUCGCUUGGCAGACAAAAAUAUAUUUAAGCCUAGAAGUUUGCCAUUUAGUAAACAAAUCGUUUUACGUACUGACAUCAUGUUCCAUCCAAUGACGGGCAAUUUUUACCUGUGUGCAUUAUUAAGAAAACCGCAAUCCAUGCAGUGUAUUUUUCACUAAUUCAUAAUAAAAAAUAUUUGGAAUAGCACAA